GCUAUGCUCUCUACAAAGAAGAUCUAUCGCCAACCGGCAUAUUGCCAUCUUUUGAACGGUUGGUGAAACAAUAUGGAGAUAAUUUCUUGCUGCAGACUUUGAUGAAUGAGCCAAGGGUUUACGUAAACACUCCGGAUGUAACGGAACAAGUGCUUUCGACCCACGGUAAUCAUAAGGCGAAUCUUUACGACAUCCUUGCCCCCCUGUGUAGUGGCGGGAUUCUGACUGCGUAUGGUUCCAAAUAUGCGGAGAAACGAAAGAUGGCAGCGCGCGCCUUCAGCUACAAGAUGUUGGAUAUCUUUUGCGGGGUUUUCGAAAACCAAUACAUUCAUCUUCAGGAUAAAAUUCAGAGCAAAUUAGGAAAAGGAGAUUUCGACUUGCACAAAAUGAUUUGGUGCUACACUCUAGAUGUGAUAGCUGAAACUGCUAUGGGAGUGAAAUUGGGUUGUCAAAAAGAUAACUCACUGACAUAUGGAAAAGCCUUGGAAGAAUUACUGUACAUAUUUGCAUGUCGGAUAUAUAACCCAUUGAACCAAUACGAACUUAUAUUCAGGUUCCGCAAAAUGUAUCGACGGCAGAAUGUUGUAGCCAAGUACGUUCAAGAUUUCUCGGAUGCUAUCAUCAAGCAACGCAAGGAGCAGCUGUUGGAUAUUAUGAAUGAUCAAUCCGACAACGAUGUUCACUGCAAAACUCUACUGGAUCAUUUAUUGACAACCAAACAGAAUGGUCAGCAUUUGUCGGAUGAAGAGAUUCGCGACGAUGUAAACACAUAUAUGCUUGCUGGCCAUGAUCCGACUGCCAGCACUGCAAGUUUCGCCAUUUACGAACUAUCCCGAAAUGCUGAUAUUCAACAGAAGGUCUAUGAGGAGUUGGUAGAAUUAUUCGGUCGAGAUCUUACAAAAAUUCCUUUAAACGGUAGGAAUCUCCACAAGCUUAAAUAUUUGGAUAUGGUGAUCAAAGAAACACUUAGGCUGUAUUCCUUAAUACCGAUGAUCGGUCGAAGAGCCACGGGAGAUUUGAUAAUCGAUCAUAAAGUCAUUCCCAAAGGAACAUCGUUGUUGAUUAUGAUUCAAACGAUGCACCACGAUCCAAGACUUUAUCCGGAGCCGAAACGAUUUGAUCCGGAUCGUUUUACUGAUGAGGCCAUCUCCAAACGUCACCCUUUCAGCUACAUACCUUUCGGAGCUGCUCCACGUCUCUGUGUUGGACAAAAAUUUGCCUUGGUUGAGCUUAAGUUGCUGCUGAUUCUUCUGUUGGCUGAUUUUAAAUUUUUACCAUGUGACUUGGAAAACCGUGUUCAAGUAGCGGUCAGUCUGAACUUGACCACAAAAAACGGCAUUUACGUCAAGGUGCAACCUCGUAAGUGAACAAAGUUUAUCGAAUUUACUGUGAAUACUACUAGAAUAUCUUCAUUACAUUAAAAUUUUGUAUUUUUAA